CCCCCGGUCCGCCCUGCCUCCUCCUUCCGCCCAGCCGAGCUCUGCUCGUCCAGAGGAAGCCGAGCGGAGACGACAUGGGAGUGGAGAUCGAGACCAUCACGCCAGGCGACGGGCGGACCUUCCCGAAGAAGGGGCAGCGCGUCGUGGUGCACUACGUGGGCACGCUGGCGGAUGGGAAAGUGUUUGACUCUUCGAGGUCCCGGGAAAAGCCCUUCAAGUUCAAGAUCGGACACCAGGAGGUGAUAAGAGGCUGGGAGGAAGGAGUAGCCCAGAUGAGCGUCGGUCAGCGGGCGAAGCUCGUCUGCUCGCCAGACUUCGCCUACGGCAGCAAAGGUCACCCAGGGAUCAUCCCGCCAAACGCUACUCUCACCUUUGACGUGGAGCUGCUCAGCCUGGAAGCCUGAAACUCGUGCACUCAACUUUAUUUCACUCAGAUGUUCAGGGUUGACUCCUGUCUUGGGAAGAUGGGGGGAAAAUGUUCACAGAUGAUUCCUGCUCCUGACUCCUGCAUAGGACCUAUGUCUAUAGCUUCACUAGGUCAUCCUCGUCUCCUCAGAUAUACAUUGUAUUAUGUCACCUGCUUUAAUACUUUAUAACUCUUAUUAUAGUUUGAAUUCCAACAGUAAUAAGUCAUAGGCCAUCUCAUCCCAUUUAUUAUUUUUUUUUCAUAUUCCGCUCUGUAUUUUUAUAGUGAUGUUUAUUUUUAUGAUUUAUUUUCUGUUUUUGGACAUAAAAUUGACGUUUGACUAUUUGAUCUCAGAAUGCUUUUGCCAUCAGGAGCAUGUUUUUCGAUAGGUGUCAUAAAUAGUAAACCAGUCUCAUUCCUGUGGCUUUGUGGCCUUUACAACUACAUGGUAUUGAUCACGGGUAAUGAAUUGUCUUGAAGAUGAGAAUAAAUUGUUUGACACAAUAUUUCUAUUAAUAACCUUUGUGAUACUUGCUGAGUAAAUUACAAAAAGGAAAAUACCCAGGGAUAAACCAACGCAUCACCGUGUUGCCAUGAAUAGCGUACAGCUCUUAGCACGUGUAAGAUUUUUCUUCUACUGCAGCAUUAGUUCUUUAUUCAUGUCAAAAGUAACUUUAUUGGUGUAAUAUUUACAACCGAAUAAAAACGUUCUUGGCCAUAAGAGUUUAA